AAUAAAAAAGAAUAUGAUUCGUCAUCAGGUUACUAACAUUAGGUUCCACAAAGCCACGCCUCAAUCCAUGAUUGAUUGACAGCUGGAAGUCUCUCUAGAUAAAAGCUUUGCAAAUAAACGAUUAGACUUCAUUUACAACUCUACACAAGACACAGGAAUACUUCAACAUUCAGUGAAUUUGAAUCCAGUUUUCAGGAUGAGGCACAUUGAGUUGCAUUACACCGGGGCAAUAUUGUUCUUCCUGCUGUUUUCUGCUACAGGUGCUCAGCCCAUGAGCAUUUUAAAGAUUAUUGAGGGUCUCCAGUCGUCCCCAAUGACCUACUCUACACCCCUGUACUCAUUUUCCCUGUGCAUGGAGAUCACCAACCGUGUCUUCAACCCCUCCCUCCUCAACACAUCCUCGCAGCAGUACAAGCGGAUGUAUACAGAGGUUUCUGGAGUUUUGGACUUGGCCUUUAAUUGCUCUGAUUGUGACACAAGAGAAACUUACAGAGGGCUAACAAAUAUACAGUUCAGGAACGAGCCUAUGAUCGCGAAUUGUACCAUUCAGUUUCAGACCCUUUUUAUCAACCAUGUUGUGAUCAAAUAUUUGUUCCUGAGACUCCUAGAUAGUAAUACUCAACCAAAUGGUCUUGCACUCAACAGACAGUACACUGCUGAAACGGUCACACCUGCCUGGCUUUUUCCAAGAUCCAUAACUCCUAUGGCUCCAGCAUCUCCCUUUGCAGGAAGUGCUGCUCACUUUGCAGGAAGUGGUUAUUAUUGGCUUCCUGAUUGGGCCAUUGCAUUGCUAGUGUUAGCAUGUGUCAUCAUACUGCUUCUCCUCAUCAUCUUACUACUGAUAUGCUGUUGGUCCUGUAGGAGAAAAGACAAAAAGGAAGAAACAACCAACAUAAUAGAACAUGCACCUUAUCAGAGGACAUCCUUCAAAGAACAUCUUGCCAAUCCCACAUAUAUGCCACACACACCCGAGGGAAGCCCAAUCUACCCGGUCUUGGGAGAACGGGAAGUACAACAUGGCGGCCAAGCCGGGAUGUAUGCGAUGAGCCCUCAGAGAUGAUAACCACAACACCACUAUAAGAGAGAGCCAUGAAAUAACGGACUCUACGGAGGUUCAGGACGGUAAAGCGGUUUCUCUCAUGCUGGUUUCUUCAAAACGAUCCUAGAAAUGUGGACUUGUCAUCAUUACCAUGUUUAAUAUAAGUAUUAUACUCAACUUAAAUGGAACUUUAUUUAUUGUCACAGAGAAAAUGGGGAUUUGGGUCUGUGAACUUUUGCUGCUCUCUCUCAGUAUAAUAUAUAAUAAUACCAGGGUUAGUUGUCACACUUUUUUAUAAAUAGCCUAUUUUUUUACGGUUCGGUUAAUUCUCGAGAAAGCAACUGCCUCCCUCCAAAAAAUUAAUUGAAUAAAUGUUGUUUCCUACAGUGGUGCAUGUUGUCAAACUAUGUAGUUUAUUAUUAUUAUUAUUAUUAUUUUAGUUUAUUUGAGAGAAAUACAUUUUUGAAAGAUAAAAGACUAUCCGAGUAAAAAAAAAAUGUAAAUGUAAACAUAUACAUUUAUAUCGACAGGGGUUUUCAAUCUGGGGCCUGGGGAACCACAGGGGGAAUAUAAGUGUAAAAAGUUAAAAUAAAUGAAUAAUAUGUAAAAAAUUAGAUUCAAAUAAGUAAAUAAAUAGGCCUACUAUACAAUUUUUCCAAAUAUAAUUUUAGACCAAUUUAUGAAAUUAAUUUUUCAAAAUAUAAAUUGGAUCUAAAAAGAUACCUUUUGAAUUUUGGCACAAGGGUGAUAGGGUCCUUGAAAUCUGAAUGUUUGAAACCCUCUCUGAAUAUUAACUGGUAUGAAAUAUACUAAAUCAGUAAAGGAAUUAAACAAAAUAUUAUAUAAAGCAGUAAUGGUGUAAAAGGUGACUCUAGUUUUGCCAACAUGAAUUGCAAUCACAUGUAAAACAACAAUCACUUCCCUGUGUGACAACUUGCCCCGGUCUCUUUGAUAUCUUAGGCUACAGAAGAAGAGUAAUGGUUAGCUUAUAUGUAUCUCCAGAUUACAAGGUUAUCAAUUCAUAAACCUCCUUUCACUUGUAAUUCAUGUUCAUGUUAUUUGUAUGGACAUUUACACUUUCUCUGGUAAUAAUAAUAAUAAUGCAAAAUGACAGAAACUAUAUACAUAUAUGAAUAAAUACAGCAUACAGUA